CACUCACGUGGUCAGCCACGUGGACCCCCCCCUACAGGACAACGCGAGUUACGUCCGGGUUAACAACGAGCGCCAUGCGCGGCAUUGUUGGCAAUCCACUGCUGGAUGGUGACCCGUUCACACCGUUUUGGGGGCGAUUGUUUGACCAUACUUCACCAGUCCGGGCCGUAUGGCGCUCUGCCCUUUUUAAUACCGCGUCUUAGUGCGGUGGAUUCCCCUCUAAGCAGGUGAUCGCGCAGGACGGGACUCGACACUGGGUGCUGUGCCCAGGCUCUCAUCUUCAUCAGUCACAAUCAUGAGCACCCGACAAGAGGUGAAUCCCACGCAGGUGGCUGCGGACAUCCUCUGCGAGUUCCUGGAAGUUGCAGUCCACAUGAUCCUCUAUGUGCGGCAACUUUACCCGCUCGGCAUCUUUGAGAAACGCAGAAAGUACAACGUGCCCGUGCAGAUGUCUUGCCACCCAGAGGUGAACAGAUACAUCGAGGAUACUUUGCACUGCAUUCGGCCUCUGUUGGAACAGAAUGCCGUGGAGCAGUUUGUGGUGGCCAUUGUGAACAAGGAGAACAAGCCGGUGGAGCGGUUUGUCUUCGAGAUAUCGCCACCCAACGUUGCGUCACACAGCUUAGAUGAGAUGCUGGCCGGGCUUGAGAAAGCUCUACGAGCCUUCCUGCUCAAGAUCAGCGUGGCCGACUCCAUCCUCGAGGAGAACCCUGCAGAUUGUUCUUUCACAAUAUUUGUGCACACAUUGGAGAACGCCAUGGCGAGUACAGAGGUUGUUCAAAUGCAAAAGAGCUUUCCGUUGGUCCAAGCUGAUGAAGAAGAGGUAGCGAUGUCUUCAGCAAGAAUGGUCCCUUUGAAGACCUUGUCUUCGGCCAUAUUUAAAAUGCAAAUGUAUGUGGAGGAGAGUUCAACCAAGACUUAAUAAGAACAAGAAUACAUUAUUAUAUAGCAUUGCUCAUACAAAAUUGCAUCUCACAGUGCUGUACAGUACAUCCUCGUUUUACGCGGUAGAUGCGUUCCUGAAAAGUGCCGCGUUAAGUGAAAAACGCGUUUCACCAACACAAUUUCCCCAUAACUAAUGUAACGAUAAGGUUUGCCGGGGAUUCGAUGUACGACCAAACGCAGACAGUGAGAUGGUGGGACAAAAAAUGGAGGGGUACGCUGCCGCGUCACUGUCUCAUUCCGUGUUACUGUAUCAGUCUGCUCAGCUGCGUGGUUGAAGAAAGUAGUUCGUCAUCGACCGCACAGAGACUGCGGUAUAACGGGUGCAUUCCGUGUUGUAACUUUCUAAAAAAAAACAGAUGGGGAGCCAAUGAAGGGAAUUCAGCACCUCAGCAUAAUUUUGGACUGAUUUAAUCUGUUAAAUACGAAAAUUCGGGAGACCAUAUGAAAGAGAAUUGCAG